CAUUCCAGAUUCCUGCAUUACCUUCCUGACACAUGAGGAAUUUGUAACCUUCUCUCAGUCCCUUGCAGAAUAUUGACAAGGCACGAAAUACUCAGCAAAAGAUGAGCUGGAAACAAGCCCUGCUUCUGUCCUGUGCAGCAGCCGUGGUGCUGCUAGCAAUUUUGCAGGAGUGUGAAAGUGCAGCCGUCAGAAGCAGUGAUGAUGGGGCUGCUGAGAGAAAAGAGAAUUUGAAAAAGAAGAUUUUCAUGAAAGAAACCGAGGCUACAAACUUCUUCAAGAAACGUGGCAAGAGAUCACCUAAAUCCCAGGAUGAAAUAAAUGUGGAAAACCGCCAAAAGCUGGCAGCUGAUGAGCGCAGGAGAGAAUAUUACGAAGAACAGAGAAAUGAGUUUGAGAAUUACGUGGAGGAAGAGCAGGAUGAACAAGAAGAACGGAGCCGUGAACAAAUUGAACAAUGGCGCCAGUGGCAUUAUGACGGACUGUCUCCCUCUUACCUUUACCAGCGCCAGAACAUCUAAGCUGUAUAGAAAUAGACAGAUGCAGAAGCCACAAUUCUGAGUAGUACUGGUUUUAAAUAGUUCACACCCAGUGUUUCCCCUUCAAAGUUCUAAUUGUUUGUUGCUUAUACUUUGUGUUGUAAGUUUGUUACUUUCGCCUAUUUUUUUUGGGAGCAGUGAUUAAGUCAGCAUUUUUAUAACCUGCUCUGUAGUAAGGCGUGUAUGGGCCCCCUCCCCCAGUAUUUAACAUUUUGGGGCAAUAGCAGAGAUUACGUGCAGUGAAAGACAAAUAAUUUAUGUAAUCUUGUAUGUAAUUUGAAACCCAAAUAAAACAAAAAAACAGA